UCACCUCCCUCCUCAGCACCUUUUGGAAACUUUAGCAAAGUCUUCCUCUCGCGAUAACAGCUGGCUCCUGCAGCCGCCAUAUUCUGUCACAGUAUUUUGAUUCGUAUGUGCUGGAAGUGAGGAAAAAGAGAAAAGUGGGGAGGGGGGGCCGAAGAAGCGGACCUGUCAAACAGAUACCCCCGUGGCCGUGACCAAAAAAAAGGCCCGAGCUUCUCCGUCUCACUCUACUAAACGCUGUUUCCAGGACGCGCAAGGCUCGGGGCCUCGGUGACGCUGACGCUUCGUGUGGCGGAGAGUCGCUGGACAAGUCUCGGCUUCAUCGCUCGCAGCUCCACGGCCCACCGGAGGUCCGGCGGCGGUCUCGGGUGGAGAAGGCGGCCCGGGGAGCGGCGGCGACGGGAAGAAGAUGUUCAAGAUGAUUGCGGUCUUCUGCCACGACUGACCCAGCAGUGUCUGACCAGAACAAGCGCUCCGGAACUGGCAACAUACGAAUGGCCCAAGGAAGCCAGAGGAUUGACAUUCAGGUUUUGCAUGACCUGCGCCAGAAGUUUCCUGAAGUCCCAGAGGGUGUCGUCUCCCAGUGUGUUCUGCAGAACAAUAACAAUUUGGACGCCUGCUGUGAAUACUUGUCCCAGGUCAGCCCAGGUUACCUCUACAGUGAAGAAGGACAUAUCAGCUUUUCUGACGAUCCCAGCAUCUCCAGGCUCCGUAAUCACAUGACCCAGCUGAACCUGGGCCUGCAGUCUCAGAAUGUGCACGUGGCCCCAUUGCGGGACGGCCUGAGAAUGAACGGCAGCAGGACUUUGGCUCAUAGCCUGAGUGACGGGCCCCUCCAGACUGGUCAGGCCCCAAAUAGUGACUUUUAUCAGCAGGAGCCUCAGUCAGCUCCAGCACAAGUGCCUUCAAGUCUCAAUGUGUUUGGUGAAAUGGAGCCCACCCGGAAACCACAACCUCCGCAGCACCUUGGACUUUACCCGCUGGGUGUCAAAGGACCAGCUAUGGGGCCUCAGCAGACACCUCGCUUCAACCCCAUAACAGUGACGCUAGCCCCUCAUAUCCAGUCAGGACGCAACACCCCUACUUCUUUGCACAUACAUGGGGGAACACAGUCGGGUCUGGGCAGUCCACAAGGAAACUCUAUCUACAUCAGGCCCUACGUCAGUCAGUGUGGUACGCCCCGACAGAGCCAGCAGCAGGGUGGCCGUGCCCAGUACAGCCCCACUUCCCAGCCCCAGCAGCAGAUCUAUCAGAUCUCACACCCUUCUUCCUGGUCCGGCCCCCAGCAGGCCUCCUCCUCACAUACCUCACAGCACCAGAGCCAGGGCCACCAGACCUCGCACGUCUACAUGCCAAUCAGCUCGCCCACAAACUCCCACGCGCCCUCCUUCCUUCCCGCUGGAAGCCAGGCCUCAUCCUCUGGUGUGUCGUCUUGCUCCUCAUCCUCCUCCUCCUCGUCUGUCAUGCCCACCUCCCUUUCAACCAUCAGCCAGUACAACAUCCACAAUAUCUCCACCGGCCCGCGGAAGAACCAGAUAGAGAUCAAACUUGAAUCACCGCAAAGGAGCAACUCCACGACAACCGCCGUGCUACGAACAGGCAGUGGGUCACGUUCCUCGUCCACCUCCUCGUCCUGCCCUUCUUCUUCCUCAUCUGCAGCUGUUCCCACCACACCUCUCUCCAUCGGAGGCUCGAGUCUGAACCUAAGCCAGCCAACUGUUUUCAUCUCCGCCAGCCCUCCCACUGCUGCUACUGCUCCCUCUGAAGAUGCUGUCAUGCCAUCGGCUGGCUCUCGCUCCCAUCCCAAGUUUUUCAUUUCUGCUAAUGCCUCUGGUGACGACGGUGGGGGUAGGAACCCUCACACAUUCUUCAUCUCAGCAAACCCCUCGUUGCCCUCGGGCGCCAGGAACAUGGGGGGUCAGGUGAGCAUGGGCCCUGCCUACAUCCACCACCAUCCUCCUAAGUCCCGCACCUCGAUGGGAGGAGGUACGGCAUCAUCUCCACGUGUGGUUGUGACUCAGCCCAACACAAAAUACACUUUUAAAAUCACUGUGUCCCCAAACAAGCCCCCGGCAGUGUCCCCGGGGGUUGUUUCCCCUACUUUUGAGCCCAACAAUCUACUCAGCCUACCGCAAGACCAUCACUUUGUGGAACCAGAACCGCUACAUCUGUCUGACCCGCUGUCGCUACACAGAGAGAGGCAAAGUGAGCCUCGCAGACUCAGUAUGGGCUCAGAUGACGCGGCAUACACACAAGCGUUGUUGGUGCACCAGAAGGCUCGCAUGGACCGACUGUGGCACGAGCUGGAGCUGAAGAAGAAGAAGCUGGAGAAGCUAAAAGAAGAAGUCAACGAGAUGGAGAACGACCUGACCAGGAGGCGACUGGAGAGAUCCAACUCUGCCUCCCAAAUCCCGUCUAUCGAGGAGAUGAAGCAGCUACGCUGCAAAAAUCGGUUACUGCAAAUCGACAUCGACUGCCUCACAAAAGAAAUCGAUCUGCUUCAAACCAGAGGACCACAUUUUAAUCCCAGCGCCAUCCAUAAUUUUUAUGACAAUAUUGGCUUCCUUGGUCCGAGCCCUCCCAAACCCAAAGGUACUUUAUCUGGCGAGCCGUCGGUGGUGGAGGGCAAGAGCGUGAAGGCCGUGGCCGACCAGGAGGAGGACGAGGGGACGCAGUGGAGCUGCACCGCCUGCACCUUCCUCAACCAUCCCGCCCUCAACCGCUGUGAACAGUGCGAGUUCCCGCGACACUUCUGAGCCAGCGAGGCCCUGCCCUCCUCUGCUCGCCACCACGCUAGAAUAGAAAAGGGAUCUUCCUUUCUUUCUCUCCCAGGACGCAGGGUGGUCAAGGCACGACCACCCCCCCUCUCUAAGGUGUGUGGAAUUCUGCAUCGUGUUUACAGGACAUUUCCCCCCCUCCCCGAAGGCCAUCGGAUCUCAGAGACCUGGAUUCUUCAGUGCUGGACGGAUGGCACGUGUCCCCCUCCACGGGAUUACCUCGCUGCUCCCACUUACAGUAUUACCAGUGUGGUCCUGCGGUGUGACGGUGCCAACGUGCCUUUUGCUGAGCUUGCCUUUUUUCCUUUUCCCCCGGCGUGAAGAGGAGACCAGUACCGCAUCGGGCCGACGCUGCACGUCCGAAGGGAAAACUAACGGACUACUUGGGACAGUUUGUUUGCUGUUUUUGCGACAACGUCAAAAGUGCCUCGCUCCCCCCCCCCAUGCCCCUCCCAACAUUCUCUCUCUUGCUCUCCAGUCAUGUGUUAAUGAAAAAAGUUUGCAUGCGUCGUGUACAGUAUGUGGAGGCAGAAACUCCCCCAAGCUUUUUACUGUACAUAUUUAGAAUGUGCCUUCUUCCUCACACUAUGAAUCACGUGUAUUUUCCUGUAAGUAUAGCUUUAUAGACUUAUUAACUCCUUUUUCUUCCCUUUUUUUUUUUUCAAACAAAUACGCAUCCCGCUCCCUGUUUUUAAGCUCCCCCCCUCCUCGGUUCCUGCAAGAGUUGAAGCCUUGUAGGAGGAGAGGAGCAGCAGAGGAAAGAUAAUAAACCCUCGCAGUCAUCAUGAAGCUACUUCUGCCCCGUCCGUUCACGGCCCUUCACUAUCAGCCAUGUGAGCGCUGAUGGAGCAGUUCUUCCUUCCGCCCCACAAACUCUGGGAAGUGUCGGAAACAGAGACACAAACUGCCAUCUUAUCUGACAACUGGAAUGUAGGUUUUUAUGUUUUGGGGACACCUCAGUGCAAAAAGACACUCCAGUUCCACUCCUGGAAACCACAGAAAUGAUAAACACAACACUUUUGUUUCUUGUUUAAUGCCGAUCAGAGUCAUUGAGUUCUUCAAAUGAGAAGUUUUAUUGUCUCCAACUGUUCAAAGCAGCGCCAACUCUUAAGGUCAUGUGACAAGUACUGAUCACUCUCAGCUGUUACCGGUAACUUUAUGCGCUUUUGAUCUGUUGGUUGCAAUGAGCCACAACCAAAAUUAAGGCCACACCCCCAAAUGGUUCAUACUGAUUACGAUAACAAAUGUACAUCCUCAUACUUCACAAAUGUUUGAGUGAGAUAGUUUGUUGUUGAUGAGGUGGCAUUAAAUAUGAGUUAGGAUAUGCUGUAUAAAAUGUCUAAAACUAAUCAAAUGGGCAGGAAGAUAUUGUGAGAAUAAAAAUGCUGUAGAAAUGAUUUUAUGAAAAAAAAAAAAAAAGAUUAUUUAAUGUGCAUUUUGGGGGUCAAAACUUUUAUUUAAUAAAAAUAUAUAAGUAUGGAGCUAUUCAUUUUUUUAUUUCUAUUGAUAUUAAAACCUAAGAAUAUAUAUAUUUAUAUACCUUUUUUUCAAAUUAAAGUAUGUAAAUGACACUUUAUACUUGAAUAUAUUUUAUUCAAAACAAAAUGCUCUCUAUAUUUUUGUUGUCUUUUUUUAUUUUUACUUGCAUAGGUUUUUUGUAAACAGGGAAAUUUUAAUUCUUAUUCACACACUUUUUAAGGCGCCAUGUGGUCAAAAAUGUAAGAAAAUAAUUAUUACAACAAAAAAAAUUCAGUGAACCUCUGAAGUAAAGACAAAAGUGUUGUGUUUAUACAGGUUUUUAUUCUUCUCUUGCACCUGAAAUGUUUCAUCGUCAAGGUACCAAAGAACAUGCACUCACAAGUCAGGUCAAAGUUCAAAAGAGAAUCUAUUUCUGAUCUAUUAUAAGCACAAAAAAAGAGUUUGUAUAUUUCCAUCUGGAUGUGGUCAAACUUUAAAGUUUACUUUUAUCUGGCGUGGUGACUUCUUUUCCUCUUAUUUUCCCGCACUUGUAAAAAAAAAAAAAACCACAAAAAAAACCUCGCCGUGCAUUUGUGUCUGAAAUUUGUAUCGAACUUCAUCGCCCAAGUGCAGGUUUUAUAACCAGAUUUUUUGUGUCUUUCCUUUCAGAAAUUAAUGUCUCUGAUGCACCAAAUUUUAUUUUCCUUUUCCAGCCCAAAGAGAAUCCAGUUUUCAGCUUUUGUCUACACCACGACGUGAAGAGGCAGUUGAUUCAUGUUUUAUUCUAAUGGAAAAGAAUAAUAAUUUGGAUAUCUAAAGUGUCUUUUUGAUUUUAUCUGGGAAAACUGUCUUUGUAACAGAUAAGUUAUUUGUAAAAAUAAUAAAAAAAAAAUCUAUUCAGAA